AUUAUUGUUUGGUGCGGUGCUUGCAGCAUUCACUUUAAUUUGCCUCGGUCAAUAGCUGAAGCAUUACUUUUAGGCCGCCUUUGAAAGAGAAAUUAAGAUUGAGAAACUAAAUUAAGUCUUCGUAUUAUGUUUAGUGUAAAAUAUAAUAGAUUGAGUUAUAUCUCAGUAUUAUGUUUAGUUUAAAAUAAAUAUAAAAAUUGAGAGAUAAAUUUAAAAUUUAAAAAAUUAAAUAAAAGUAUCUUUUGAAAAAAUAUUUUAUUAAAAUUUCAGCCUCUGUACUAAAAAAUUUUAGUCCUUGUAUCUCCAUUUUUUGGAAGUACUAAAGAAAUUAAAAUUUUGUAUCUCAUAACUAAAAUUUUAGUUUUAAUCUCUAACUAUCAAAUAUAAUACUAAAUUCCAAUCCUCCAGUUUGGGAAAACAAAAGUUUUUCCCUUUUGAAAAAACUAAAAGAUGCAUAGAUAUGAUUGAUAAAGCAUCCACAUAAUGUUUUAGUAGUUGUUAAAAGGAUCACAAUUACAACAAAUUUGGUCACUACUGAUCUUAUUAGCUAAUAACUAAUAACAACAUGAAAUACAGAACACCCUUUCUCUCCCUCCAUUGUUUGCUGUGCACUUUCCAUUCAUGUUUAGCAAAAGAUUUCUUAAACGUUGGUGAAAACAUAACAGGAACAACAAGUGUUCUUUCUUCAGCCAAGAACAAAUUCGUACUAGGCUUCUUUUCUCCUCCUGGAAGCCCUACAAGAAGUUACCUAGGAAUAUGGUACAAUCAAUCAAAGUAUCCAGGACCGCAAACAGUAAUAUGGGUUGCCAACAGAGACAAUCCUAUUUCAAAUCCCAACGUUGGAGUGUUUCGAAUUGCCAAUGAUGGAAGAAUCACUGUAACAGAUACAUCAGGUUCUGGCCAGACAUGUUAUUGGUCUUCAAGGAAUGAAGCUUCUACAUCAAGAAACAGGACAGUGAAGCUAUUCGAUUCUGGCAACCUAGUGCUGAUGAUGGUACUUGACGAAGCCAUCAUCUACCAAAGCUUCCAUCACCCCACAGACACGUUUCUUGCCGGCAUGAAAAUGGACUCGGAGAUGAAACUAACUUCUUGGAGCAGCGAUGAUAAUCCUAGAACUGGAUCAUUCACUUUUCAGAUCGCCGGGGACGGUGAUGACUACAGCUACAAGUACAAGUACAACCCUUCUUAUGCUAUCUUAAAGAAUUGGCAACGCUAUUGGGAGAGUGGGAAGCACUUGGAUUCAGAUUUCGAUGCCAUAGUAUCUUACAUGCUCACCAACUUCAGCACCGGAACAAACACGUCUGACAACUUUGACAACACCAUGUUGGUGAUGAAGAGUACCGGAGAGCUUAAGCUUCUGUUUUGGGACAGCUUCGGACACGAUUGGUUGGUUCGGUGGAAGGCUCCGGCGAGCCCCUGCGACCAGUACAACUUUUGCGGCCACUUCACAAGCUGUAACGGUAAUAACUACAAACCUUGUAACUGCUUACCUGGCUUCAAGAGAGCAGAAGUUAGCGAUGAGAACAACGGAUGUGUUAGAAGGACAGCCACAGAAGAAUCAUGUGGUGGAGGCGGAGGAGAAGGUAGAAGUGCUUUCUUGGAGUUAGUUAAGGUGAAACCUGGAAUCCCGGAUGGUAAAUACCCUGCAGAGAAUGAAUCAGAAUGCAAAGAAAGAUGCCUUCAGAACUGUAGUCACUGCCAGGCGUAUUCGUAUGUUGAAGCUGAUGACAACGGUUAUAGGUGUUGGAUAUGGACACAGGAAUUAGAUACAGUUCAAGAUGUUGAAGAUGAUCAUCUUCGUAACCUCUUCGUCCGCCUAGACAAAUCAGAUAUAGAGUCAACUACAAGAACUUGUGAACCUUGUGGGAUAAACACAGUUCCUUAUCCGUUAAGCACUGGGCCAAAUUGUGGUGACCCCAAUUACUUCAACUUCAGUUGUAACCGCCCAACAGGUCAGCUUACAUUCAUUACUAGAACUUCCACGAGUGGCACUACUAUCCAUCAUAAAGUUACUAGCAUGGAUGUUGAAUCCAAAAAGUUGGUUAUUCAAGUUGACCCCUCAGUCACUUACUGCACAUAUGAGACAUUUAGCAGCGAUGAAAGUCUCCACAUUGGAUCUCCAUUUAGUGUGACCAAUGAUUGCCUUGACGAAGAUGAAAUAGAGGUCACUUGGGAACCGCCACAUGAACCAAUCUGCACUCACUCACAAAAUUGCGAGGGAUGGAAUCAUUCAACUUGCAAAGCAACAAGAAAUGGAAUGAGGUGCAUUUGUGAUGUCAAUUAUCGUUGGGAUGGUGAUUCUCUAACUUGUAAACAAGUUCCUAGUAAAGGAAAUUCAAGUGGCAAAACAUAUUUGAUUCUUGGAAUAACUCUUACAAGCGUGAUUACUCUGGCAUGUGCAAUUAUCUUUGCUUACUUAUGCAACAGAAAAAGGAAGGAAGACAAGAAAAGUAAUAAGAGAAAUCGAGGGCGCUUAUUUGACAAUGAAAAGGAUGUGAAGGAUUUGAUUGAGGAGGAGGGAUUAGAAGAAGAAGACAAUGAAGGCAUAGAGGUGCCUUAUUUUGAUUUUGAAAGUAUAUUAGAAGCAACAGAUAACUUCUCAGAUGCAAAUAAGCUUGGACGUGGAGGCUAUGGACCUGUCUAUAAGGGUAAGCUCCAAAAUGGUGAAGUUGUUGCGAUAAAGAGGCUUUCAAGUAUUUCAUCACAAGGCUUACAUGAAUUUAAAAAUGAAGUUGUUUUGAUCGCUAAACUUCAACAUCGAAAUCUUGUUCGACUAAGGGGCUAUUGCAUUAGAGGACAAGAAAAAAUUCUAAUUUACGAGUAUAUGCGGCACAAGAGUUUAGACUCGAUUAUAUUCGAUCCAACACAAAGUGGAUUUUUGAAUUGGCAAAUCCGGUUCGACAUUAUUGUUGGAAUUGCUCGAGGAAUGCUGUAUCUUCAUCAAGAUUCUAGAUUGCGAGUAAUCCAUAGAGAUUUAAAAACCAGUAAUAUUCUAUUAGAUGAGGAGAUGAAACCAAAAAUUUCAGACUUUGGAUUGGCGAAAAUAGUCACAAAUAAAGAUAUCGAAACUGACACAAAGAGAGUAGUAGGAACUUAUGGAUAUAUGUCACCUGAAUAUGCAAGAGAUGGACGUUGUUCGACCAAAUCUGAUGUUUUCAGUUUUGGUGUAAUCAUACUUGAGAUUAUCAGUGGAAAAAAGAAUACAAAAUUUUCCCAGUCCGACGAAUAUCUAAGCCUUUUGGAUUAUGCUUGGACACUAUGGACACAGAACAAGUUGCUGGAGUUAAUGGACAAGUCUUUAGGUGAAAGUUGCAAUGCGAAUCAAUUUAUUAGAUGCGCACAUAUUGGACUCUUGUGUGUACAAGAUGAUCCAGGUGAUAGGCCAACCAUGUCAAAUGUUGUGACAUUGCUUGACAGUGAGACUGCAACCAUUAAAACUCCAAAACAACCAACUUUUUUUGGAGGCAGAAGAGCCCUCUCCACCACAACUUCUUCAAAUAAACCUGAAACAACUUCCAGCAGACGAGAAAUAACAAGUAUUCAAUUUGAUAGUACUAGUAGCAUUCUAGAAGAAAUGAUUAAUAUGAGAGCCACCCUGCUUCUUCUCUUCCUCCUGUGUUCUCCAUGCACUUUAAAUGCGUUUUCAGGAAAUGAUGUUUUGAAAGGUGGCCAGAACAUUCCUGGAACUACACUCUUUCUUGCUUCAGCUUCAAAGAAAUUCAUACUGGGCUUCUUUUCUCCACAGUCAAGGCCUAAUGACAGUUACCUCGGGAUAUGGUAUAACACAUCACAGUUCCCUGGAACACAAAGAACACUGGUAUGGGUUGCCAACAGAGACCGACCUGUAGGUUCCAAUAACAAUGGAGUCUUUCAAAUUGCACAAGAUGGCAACCUUGUAGUAACAGAUUCUUCAGGGGAAACAUAUUGGUCCUCAAAACUUGGAAAGUCCUCUUCCACAAACAUGACGGUGAAACUAAUGGAUUCUGGGAACCUUAUGCUGUUACAAUAUGAUCAAACGGGGAAGACUACUACUAUGUAUCAGAGCUUCGAUCACCCCACCGAUACGUUUCUUCUGGGAAUGAACAUGGACUUGGAUUUGAAGCUAACUUCUUGGAGCAGUGACAAUGAUCCUCAAAGUGGAAGCUACACCUUCAUGAUGGCUUCAGAUGGAGACAAUCUCAACUCUUAUGUGAUUUCGAAGAACAGCCAGCUUUACUGGGAAAGAGGAACAAAGAAUCUGAGUCCAGGGUCUAUGUUUGGAACCGUAGAUUUCUUGUUGAACAACCAAACAAGCACAGACGAAGACCCUUCUUCUGCAACAAUCACUCCCCCCUACAAAAACAUUGGUAACAGAUUUGGCAAAAAAGAAUCGCCAAUUACGCGUGUUCCCGUUGAUGAAUAUAACAAGACGAGGCUAGUGAUGAAGUACAAUGGGGAGCUUCAGUUUCUAACAUGGGAUGGUAUCCAACAAGAUUGGAUCGUUCGUUGGAAGGCCCCAAAUAGCUCCUGCGACAGGUAUAAUAUCUGUGGCAACUUCGCAAGCUGUGAUUAUAAUCUGAUUAAUCUCAACAUCAAGGAGUGCAAGUGUUUACCGGGAUUCAGCAGUGUUAUUGGUGGAGUCAGGGGAUGUACAAGAAAUUCAGGGUCAUGCAGUGGAGACACUACAGCGUUCUUGAAUUUAGUGAAUGUGAAAGCAAGAGAACCACCUGAUGAACAACACCCUGCAGCUAGUGAAACAGAAUGCAAACAAAUUUGUCUAAGCAAGUGUCCUGAGUGCCAGGCCUAUUCGUAUGAUGCAAAGGCUGCAACUUCCAAAAGUGGUGAUGAUAAUGAUAGUGCCCAGAAAAGUUGUGGGAUCUGGACAGAGGAAUUAGUUACACUUCAAGAAGGCUUCCAUGGUGAUGAUACUGAUAAUGAUGAAGAUAAUGGUGCUCAUAGUUUCUAUGUUCGAGUAGACAUAUCAGACAUAGAACCAACUCCAAGAACUUGUGAACCAUGUGGGACAAACAUGGUGCCUUAUCCAUUGAGCACUAGUUCGAACUGUGGUGACCCUAUGUACUUCAACUUCAGAUGUAACCCCUCAACAGGCCAGCUUAGCUUCAUUUCUAGAACUUCCAAUUCCAAUGCAACUUAUCAGAAAGUUGCUGUAGUGUAUUCAGAAUCCAGAAAGUUUGUCAUGCAGGUUGAUCCAUCAAAUACGCACUGCGAAGAUGAGAGAUCUGAAAGUAAUGAAAUUAUGCAGAUACACUCUCCGUUUUCUGUUGCAUAUGAUUGUUUUGAUAAAGCCAAAGUAGAGGUUACUUGGGAACCACCGCAUGAACCUGUUUGUUCUGAGCCUAAAGACUGCGUAGGUUGGAACCAUUCAAGUUGUAAAGUAGCCAGUGGUGGAAAGAGGUGUCUUUGUGAUAAAAAUUAUCAUUGGGAUGGGAUUGCUCUAGAGUGUACUAUAGCAGAUAAAGGAAAAUCCAAAAGUCAAAUUUCUUUGAUUCUUGGGAUAACUCUUGGAAGUGUGAUUAUUCUGGCAUGUGCAAUAACUUUUGCUUAUCUAUGGAGAAGGAAAAUAACUCCAAAGAUAGGCAAGGAAAGCAAUAUGAAACAACGAAAACGCUUCAUUGAUAGUAUAAGACAUGUGAAAGAUUUGAUUGAGGAUGGGGGAUUAGAAGAAAAGGACAAUGAAGGCAUAGAGGUACCUUAUUUUGAUUUUGAGAGCAUAGUAGUAGCUACAGAUAACUUCUCUGAUGAAAAUAAACUUGGACGCGGUGGUUAUGGACCGGUUUACAAGGGUAAGCUUCAAAGUGGUGAAAUUGUUGCAGUAAAGAGGCUUUCUAAUGUCUCAUCACAAGGCUUGCAGGAAUUUAAGAAUGAGGUUGUUUUGAUAGCCAAACUUCAACAUCGAAAUCUUGUUAGAUUAAGGGGCUACUGCAUCAAAGGAGAUGAAAAGAUUCUACUAUAUGAAUACAUGCCUAACAAGAGCUUGGACUCAUUUAUAUUCGAUCCCACACAAAGCAUACUUUUGGAUUGGGAAAUGCGAUUUAACAUAAUCCGAGGAAUUGCACGGGGUUUACUUUAUCUUCACCAAGACUCCAGGUUAAGAGUAAUUCAUAGAGAUUUAAAGACCAGUAACAUUCUUCUUGACGAGGAAAUGCAACCAAAAAUUUCAGAUUUUGGAUUGGCGAAAAUAGUGGCAGGCAAAGAAUCUGAGGCAAAUACCGAAAGAGUUGUAGGAACCUACGGAUAUAUGUCUCCUGAGUAUGCAUUAGAAGGACUUUUCUCAACAAAAUCUGAUAUUUUCAGCUUUGGUGUAGUGCUUCUUGAGAUUCUUAGUGGAAAAAAGAACACCGGAUUUUAUCAAUCUGACCAAUUUACAAGCCUUUUGACUUAUGCAUGGAGACUAUGGACAGAGAAUAGGAUGAUAGAUUUAAUGGACAUGUGCCUCGGUGAAAGUUGCAUUGCAAAUCAAUUUAUUAAGUGUGCACAUAUUGGACUCUUGUGUGUACAAGAUGAUCCAGGUGAUAGACCAACCAUGUCAACUGUUUUGACAUUACUUGAUGGUGAGAUUGCAAGCAUUUCAAGCCCAAAACAACCAACCUUUUCUGGGAGCAGAGGCCAAUCUAGCACAACUUCUUCCACUAGACCGGAAAUAAGUCUUCAUUUUGAAAGCAACACUCAAGAAGGUCGAUAGGGUAUGGCAAUAUAAUGUCACAGCGUUGUAAAUAAAUUAGAUUUCCUUCUUAUUAAGGUAUGAAAUUUGGUGAU